AUGGUCGGUCUAAAUGAGCCCGGCUCCAUCGAGCGAGUCAUCGCUAUCACUGAAAUCGAAUGCAUCCUAAACAAAUAUUGCAUGAUGGCCCGCGAAAAUGCGCCAUUUUCCGAAAUGGCGAGCCUAUUCCACGCCAAUGGUAUCUUUCGCCUUCCAAAUGGAACUGAAAUUCAACCAUUCGACAUGGAAACCGUCGUCCAGGGCAAACCGCCAUCAUUCAUUCGCCAUCAUCUCACCAGCGUGGAUAUUGAGUUUGCGAACGCGAUCGAGGCAAAAACGAAGUCGCUUUUCUUUGCUCUGACUGGCACAUCGACCAUCGAUCACUGGGGAUACUGGCAAGAUGUCUUCCGAAGGACCGAUGAUGGGAAGUGGUUGAUUGAGGUCCGGCAGAUUGUGGUAGAAGGGCACGCCGAGGACGGAUGGUAUGCAGGCGCGUAUGCACAAUGA